AUGGGAUUUAUAACAUCAAAAGGAAAAGUUAAUCUCCCAUCCUAUAAAGGUGGUACAACUAUUGAUAAAUCUAUAAUGUAUCAAUAUAUUACAGCAAUUGGAUUAUUUUGUAAUAUUUUAGGUAUGCUAACCAUAUUUUAUUUUAUUGGAAUGAAUGAUAAAAAAGAAGAAUCACCAACAAUCGACGAUAGCAAUUUAAGAUGGGUAUAUUUCUUUGCUGGAGCAAUGAUUUUUAUUUAUAUGAUGAUGGAUAAUAUUGAUGGUAAACAAGCAAGAAGAACCAAAACAUCAUCACCAUUAGGAGAAUUAUUCGAUCAUGGUUGCGAUUCAUUGACUGUAGGUUUGCUUCCUUUGACAGUCGGUAUUUCAAUUGGUAUUCGUAGCUGGGAUAUUUUAAUUGCAUUUAUGGCAGCAACCAUUCCAUUUUAUUUAGCUCAUUGGGAAGAAUACUUUACACAUCAUUUAGUAUUAGGCGCAUUAAACGGACCAACCGAAGCAGAGUGUAUGGCAAUUUUAUUUUGUAUUGUAACUGGUAUUUUUGGACAAUCAAUUUGGUUCACUGCCAUCGAAUUACCAAUUAUCGAAUACAAAGGUCAAUUAAACGAAGUUAUUUUCUUUGCUAUGGCUAUCAUCUCAUUUGUUACCGCUUUUCAAAAUAUUUUAACCUCAACUAAAAAAGCCUUAUCAUCCAAUAUCAGUUUAUUUAAAGCCUAUUCCCAACCAUUACCAUUCAUAAUAUUUUUAAUUUCUGAAUUCAUUUGGGUUACUUUAUCACCAAAAGUUUAUUUAAAUAACCCAGUAAUUCAUAUUUUAUCACUUACUUUUAUAUUUUCCUAUAUUGUUUGUCGUUGUAUUGUACAAAGAAUUUGUCAAGAAGAUUUUAGAUUGUUCUAUAAACCAUUAAUCUUUUUAAUUGCAUGUGUUGCCAACUCAAUUGCUCAAAAAUAUUUCAACAUUUAUUUAAUCGAUGAACAAUUGUCAGUCAAAUUAUUAUUUUUAUUUAGUUUAGGUUUUUUCAUUCACUUUACUUUUAAUAUUAUUAUUGAAAUGUGUCAAGUUUUAAAAAUCAAGGCUUUUACAAUUCCAAAAGAAAAAUCAAAAUAA